CACUCCAAAAAACGAAGGGCCAAUAGGAGCAUGAAGGGCGGGAUUUCUACUCUGCGUUUCCUGUUUAGGUAGAAUGCAGUGACUGCGGCCGGUUUGCAGUUUUUAGAUUUAUAUUACUUCAGUGUUUUACUGUUACGUCAGAUACAGUUCUCGACGAGACUUUCUUCAUUUUCAACGAAAUAUAAUGUCAUUUCAUCCUGGCCGAGGUUGUCCCCGUGGAAGGGGUGCAUCUGGACAGCGUGGAACACCUCAUAAUUACAGGCCACAGAAUCUCAGACCAAUUGCACCUCCGCAGCCCAUGCCUCCUUUUCUUUAUGAUCCACAAGCUGCUCCCUCCCCUGGCUAUUCUAACUCUGGUAGUGCAGGUUACAUGCCUCCCAGGCCUGAUUUUAUACCUUAUCCACCACCAAUGCCCCCACUGGGACAGAAUUCUACAAACCAGUGCCCAUUGAGACCCCCGUUUCCUAACCCUCCAGUUAGGCAAGCCUUCCCAGGGCCCCCUAACUUUCCUCCCCCUCCAAUUCUAAACCCUACCAACAACUCCUUGUCUGGAUCAGCUUCUUCAGGUCAAAGCUCCUAUCAUUACAUGAUGCCUCCUCCACCAUUACCACACACCCCUGUUCCACCCUCCAUGCCACAGCAAAUGAGCUACCAGCCACCUUAUUCCAUUAACUAUUCCCAGCCGCCCUUUCCUCCACCCAAUUUUAAUGCCGGAUAUCAACAGCACUCCAGCUCUUUCAACACUGAUCAGUUCAGACAUGCAAGUCAGUACAAAGCUGAGAAGUCGCAGAGUGAGCGAAGGUCGCCAGAAAGAAACCGGCGCCCUGAGGAGACCAGGCACAAGGGGUACAGCUAUGGAAGCCAUGGUGACAGGCACAGGAUGGACUGUUCCGGAGAACGACGGGAUCGUGGAAGGAGCCCAGACAGGAGGAGGCAGGAAAGUAGCCGUCACAGAUCAGACUAUGACAGAGGCAGAACACCACCUCGCCACAGAAGUCGGGAGCGAAGCAGGGAAAGGCAUCGACACAGGGAGAGCAGACGGUCUGUGUCUUGUGAAAGGCAACACAGAAAAGACUACAAGAGACCAAGGAGUCGUUCGAGCAGUCGGGACAGGAAGCGACCUCGUUGGGAAGAGGAGAAGGAGAGGAGGCCAGAGAGCCAGGGCUCAAGUAGAGAUAAGAAUUACUCUUCUGUGAAAAACAAAGAACCAGAAAAUAAUCAAGUAGAAAGAGCUGAUGAUCGAGAAGAGGAAGAGCUUCUUAAGCCGGUGUGGAUUCGCUGUACCCAUGCUGAGAAUUACUACUCGAAUGACCCUAUGGAUCAAGUGGGUGACUCUACCAUUGUUGGCACAAGUAAACUGCGAGAUCUGUAUGACAGAUUUGAAGAGGAGUUGGUGAAGAGACAAGAGCGAGCCAAAGCAUCAAGACCUCAAUGGGAACCACCAAAAACCAAAUUAGAUGAUGAUCUAGAUGAGAGUUCAAGUGACUCUGAAUGCGAGUCGGAUGGAGGAAGCAGCUGCAGCAGCAGUAGUUCAGACUCGGACGUCUUCGAUGUCAUUGCGGAAAUCAAACGCAAAAAGGCACACCCGGACCGCCUGCAGGAGGAACUCUGGUACAAUGAUCGUGGCCAGAUGAAUGAUGGGCCAUUGUGCAAGUGCAGUGCCAAAGCCAGGCGGACUGGAAUCCGACACAGCAUUUAUCCAGGGGAAGAGCAUGUUAAAGCGUGUCGUCUAAUGACAAACAAUGCAGGAAGACUGUACCACUACAGAAUUACAGUGUCCCCACCUACCAACUUCUUAACUGACCGACCUACUGUAAUAGAAUAUGAUGAUCAUGAGUACAUCUUUGAAGGAUUCUCUUUGUUUUCACACACUCCGCUUACUAAUAUUCCAUUAUGCAGAGUGAUCCGUUUUAACAUAGAUUACACCAUUCAUUUUAUUGAAGAAAUGGCACCAGAGAAUUACUGUGUAAAAGGACUGGAGCUGUUUUCAUCUUAUUUAUUUAAAGAUAUCUUGGAGCUGUACGACUGGAAUCUUAAGGGGCCUGAAAGUGAGAAUGAUGCUUCCAUUUGUCAAAAAUUUCACUUUAUGCCUCGUUUUGUUAGAUUUCUUCCUGACGGUGGGAAGGAGGUGCUGUCAAUGCACCAGGUGCUCCUGUACAUGCUGCACAGCAACAAACCGCUGGUUCCUGAAGAAGAGAUUGCCAACAUGCUGCAAUGGGAGGAGUUGGAGUGGCAGAAAUAUGCAGAGGAAUGUAAAGGAAUGAUUGUCACCAGUCCUGGCAUGAAACCCAGCUCUGUUCGAAUUGACCAAUUGGACCGGGAGCAGUUUAACCCAGAUGUCAUUACCUUUCCUAUAAUUGUGCACUUUGGGAUAAGACCAGCGCAACUGAGCUAUGCCGGCGACCCACAGUACCAGAAGUUAUGGAAGAGCUAUGUGAAACUACGCCAUCUGCUGGCCAACAGUCCAAAAGUCAGACAAGUGGACAAACAGAAGCUAACACAAAGAGAGGAAGCUCUUCAGAAGAUCAGACAGAAAAACACCAUGCGACGAGAGGUGACUGUGGAACUGAGUAGCCAGGGGUUCUGGAAAACAGGCAUCCGAUCUGAUGUUUGCCAGCAUGCAAUGAUGUUACCGGUCCUUACACACCACAUUCGCUACCAUCAAUGCCUUAAGGAUUUGGACAAGUUGAUCGGAUAUGUGUUCAAGGAACGCUGUCUUCUGCAGCUGGCCAUGACCCAUCCAAGUCAUCACUUGAAUUUUGGCAUGAACCCAGACCAUGCCAGAAACUCUCUUUCAAACUGUGGUAUUCGGCAGCCCAAGUAUGGCGAUAGAAAAGUCCAUCACAUGUACAUGAGAAAAAAAGGUAUAAACACAUUAAUAAAUAUAAUGUCGCGGCUUGGCCAGGAUGACCCAUCACCUUCUAGAAUAAAUCAUAAUGAGCGCCUGGAGUUUCUUGGUGAUGCUGUUGUGGAGUUCUUAACAAGUGUCCACCUCUAUUAUUUGUUUCCAAGCCUUGAAGAAGGAGGCUUAGCUACGUAUCGUACAGCUAUUGUUCAGAAUCAGCAUCUUGCCAUGCUAGCUAAGAAGCUGGAGCUGGACCGGUUCAUGCUUUAUGCACAUGGACCUGAUCUGUGCCGAGAGUCUGAUCUGAGGCAUGCUAUGGCCAACUGCUUUGAAGCACUUAUAGGAGCAGUAUACUUGGAGGGUGGUUUAGAGGAGGCCAGACAGCUGUUUGGACGUUUGCUGUUUAAGAAUGAGGACCUGCGGGAAGUAUGGCUUAAUUAUCCGCAACAUCCAUUGCAAGUGCAGGAGCCCAGCACUGAUAGACAACUCGUUGAGACCUCUCCAGUCUUACAAAAGCUGACGGAAUUUGAAGAAACAAUUGGAGUGCUUUUUACCCAUGUUCGUCUCUUGGCUCGCGCUUUCACAUUGCGUACAGUGGGAUUUAAUCAUCUGACGCUUGGCCACAAUCAGAGGAUGGAAUUCUUGGGUGACUCAAUAAUGCAAUUGGUUGCCACAGAGUACUUGUUCAUCCAUUUCCCAGACCAUCAUGAAGGGCAUUUAACGUUGCUGCGAAGUUCAUUGGUAAAUAACAGGACCCAAGCCAAAGUUGCAGAAGAAUUGGGCAUGCAGGAGUUUGCAAUCACAAAUGACAAAACAAAGAGACCAGUGGCUCUAAGGACAAAGACUCUAGCAGAUCUUUUAGAAUCUUUUAUUGCUGCACUGUACAUUGACAAGGACUUGGAGUAUGUGCAUACCUUCAUGAAUGUUUGUUUUUUCCCAAGGUUAAAGGAGUUCAUACUUAAUCAGGACUGGAAUGACCCCAAAUCCCAGCUCCAACAGUGUUGUUUGACCCUCAGAACGGAAGGAAAGGAACCAGAUAUUCCACUUUACAAGACUUUACAGACUGUGGGUCCAUCACAUGCUAGAACAUACACUGUUGCGGUUUACUUUAAAGGCGAAAGGAUUGGAUGUGGGAAAGGACCAAGUAUUCAGCAAGCAGAAAUGGGAGCUGCAAUGGAUGCCCUUGAAAAAUAUAACUUUCCCCAGAUGGCUCACCAGAAGCGCUUCAUUGAACGGAAAUACAGACAGGAGCUAAAAGAAAUGAGACGGGAACGAGAACAGCAAGAGAAAGAGUCUGAUGAGACGGAAGAGGUCCGAAAGUAAAGCAGUGAUAUGAAGGGGGAGCAGAAGGGUUAUGUACUUCUGCUGUUUUCUGCCACCUUGCCCCCAGGGAGAGCUAACAUUCUUCUAAUAACAGGUGGCAAGAUGUAGAGGAGCCUUUCCUGGCAACAGAGAAGCAUUAGGUGUGUUAUAAAUGGUUCAAAUCAUGUUGUUUUUUAUCAUUGUAUUGUAUAUUUUGUCUUGUUUUUAAUUUGUCUAAAACAUAUUCUUAGUUGUGUAACUAAUUACUAUUUUAAAAAGAUCUGUACUUUUUAUUUCUAAGUAUCCACAUUUGUAAUACAAUACUGUACACGUUUGUUUAUAUAUUGUGCCUUUUAAAAAAAAAUAAAAAUAGUAAAAUCUCCCGUUUACUUGAGAUAGCAGUUCAGCUAAUAAACAUUGUGGACAGAGGAAUGUGUAUGCUUUGAGUGAAGUAUCUGGAAGAUACUAACCUGUUGUCAUAUAGUUGCUCUUAAUUAUGCACAGCUGUGAUUAGCCCAUGCAAUAAAUAGGACUAUUUAUUUUAUAAUACACAUUAUACCUACAAUCAGUUGUCAAUGUGAGCUCAUCAGUAUCUAUUUUCUGAAAUGCAGCCAUCUGUCCCACAUUUGGCUGCAAUUUUGAAAUGUUAUCCUCUUUCCAAUCUGAUUAGCAGCCAAGUACUCAAUUAUAGAUUAUUUCCAAUUAGACAAUGUUAUAAUAUUUUGUAAUCUAGAUCCCACCAGUGCAUGAUCAUAUCACAUGUAGACUGCUAUAGUUUGACUGUAAAGUUGUUAUAAAAAGCUGUGCUUUCCUGGUAGGAAAAACACCAGCCAAAUGUAGUAUUUAGUCUUUGGUAUGUACUGCACAUUUGCAGCUAUUUAGAUAAUAUAAAAUAAGUACCAAUCUGUUUCAAGUCCUGUUGGUGCCUUGGGUUUGUGUUCAGUAAUGCCUAGAAAAGGGGUAAUGUUGUAUUGUAUUUAAUCAUUGUGAACCCUUGAUAUCAUAAAAGAUUUUCAACAUUAUGAACUUACAGUAAACCAACAUUAAUGUUAAACAUGAUCAUUGUGUUAGUUUUAUAAUUUUAAUUAAGCGAUGGCAACAGCAUCUAAGCAUCAUUUUUGUGAUUUUGAAUUUCGUUUCAGCUCACAAUAACCCUGAAAAAUAAUUCCAAAGCAGACGUGGUUUGUGGUUCCUAUUAGAAGGAUGCUUGUUUCCAGUUGUUGACUGAUGAAUACAUUUUUAAUCCCAAAAAUACAAUAUGCAAUUAUCAUUGAACCUGAAGGAUUAUUUCAAGUUUCAGUUGCUAAUUUAACACUAACUGUUGAACACAUUGUUGUUAAAGAAUUGCCAUAAUAUUGCAUGGUAGCUCUUUAUUUUUAAAUGUGUUAGGCUGGGCCAUAUACAUAUAAAAAGUGAAAACAGUGGGUGGUACAGGAGGGUUUUACCCUUUACAUAAAACAUUUCCAAUACACAUUUAGACAGCAUGUUAAAGCAGUAACAUAGGAAUGCUAAUAACCAAAUACAAAACUUUCAUUCAAGUGCAAAGGAACAGUCUCAACUUUUAAUUUUUUACAAAACAUCUGAGAAUCCACAUUGCUAACAUUUGUGCCAUUUCAAGAUUGUCUAGGCUAUUAUCAAAUAACAAACAUAUUUAGAGGAAAUCUA